GAUAAGAAAAAAAUUUACGAACAUAAAAAUAAUUUUGCAAUUACGACAACGAUUGAACAGUCGAAAUUUUUUCAUUCGUUUAAGUAAUAAGUACUGAAUAUUGUCUAKUGACAAAAUGGCGAAUUGGAAUUCUUUAAUACCAUCCCAAUUCAAGCCAUCCGGUUUCAUUUCGGCUCUGCGAACAUUCUUAGGUGGAAGAAAUUUCAAGCCUAACAUAAGAAUGACUGAUGAAGUAUCAUCGGCCACUCAACCUCCACCUGAUGUUCCAGGAGGACCUAACCACACAGUUUUUAAUAAUUAUUAUUAUACACGUGAYAGCCGUAGAGAAGUUACACAACCAGUACUAGUUUUUGAAAAUAGUUCAAAACUUAUUGAAAAUUCAAAGUAAUUAUUUAUAUUUUAAAUU